AUGCUCCAUAAAAUUUCAAAUGAUAGAUGCUGCUAUGUUGAAACACCAUCAAGACCACAAGGAUUUUGCUGUCAUUCAACAAUUAAAAACUUUAAAGAUAAAGAAUGUUUUCAACCAUCUUGUCAUCAAAAGGUCACAAAUUUCAAUUGUGGUUAUUGCAACCAGAAUAGUCAGGAUUAUGAUUGUGACAACAGUUGCAAUGUUGACCCAUGCAACGACUGCUGUAGGAUUUGUAAAAUAAACAUCCCAUUGCAUUGCAACCCACCACAGCGCGAAAAAAUUAAAGUGAAUUGUUUCAACAUACCUAUUGAAAUAUGUACACCUCGAAAAGAAAAUAGUUGCCAAGUUAUUCAACAGCCGAAAUCGCACGUCUGUCCGAAACCAUGCACACCUUGUUCGCCUGUAAAUUUAUGGUUUCCUUUGUGUUGUAAAGUGGCUGACUGUGAUGACGAUUGUAAAGAUUGUUUCUAUGUAUGCCUUGGGAAUCCUUGCAUUUCGCAACUUGAAGUGCCGUGCCCUCAAGAAGCACCUAGCUUGAAUUCAUCUUCUAUCGUUGGCAAACCUUCCUAUCUCACUUGCAUUCCAAAUGUUACUAAGUGCUCUUGUCAACCUUGUUUAGAAACAAGUUCAUCACAAAGCCCAACUGUUACAUGUUUACCAUCGAAUGCCACAAACUGUUAUCAAUUUUGUUUGGAAACGAACCUGUCACCAAGCCAACCUCUAGAAUUGGGCCGGUUAUUUCCUCAUCAACCAGAAAAUUUUACUAGCGGCAGAAGAUUUAGAUGCUGCGAAAGUUUGUUACCUCCAACAGGUUCCAACAACUGUAGCAGUCGACCUUUGGAAUUUUAUAGACCAUGGGCUAACGAAGACCCUGCUAAAAUAUGCAGGCUGUCGUCUCGAUGCUCUGCAGAAAGUAACAAUAGUAGGCCAAGAAAAGAACAGAAAUCUAGGAGCUCAAAAUCUUCGCCAGAUAAAAAAAAUUCUAAAGCUUCAAAAGGGUCCGCCCCCGCUAAAGGUUAUAAAGGGCUGUUAUGA